AUGCCUGAAAUAUUCGAACGACAAUACACUUAUGAAGGCAACGACGUACCAGAAAUCCUACAAAUGCCCCCCGAGAAGCCCAUCGAAAUGAACAUAGAAGAGAGUGUCCAUUUUUCGAUAAAAUAUCCAGCAGAAGCAGAAGAAGAGUGGAUGAAAUCUGAACCAUACGGGAGAGGAGUUGUUCGUUUGGGUCCCGACAAUCGCGCCUUCCUCGUCUCCAUGUUCCACCAGCUGCACUGCCUUCAUUACAUGGAGGGAGAGAUUGGCGUUGUCGACAGCGAGCGCUGGCCACAUGUACAACACUGUCUAAACAUGCUCAGACAGUGGAUACUGUGUCAAGCGGAUCUGACGCUAGAAGAGGGCAGUUCAAUGCAGAGGAAUUUUACCGUUGAUCGUUGGAGCGACACUCGCAUAUGUCAUGAUUGGGAGGCCGUAUACACCCAGAUGAGGAGGAACUGGAUCGACUGGUACAAGUACAGAGUCGACCAGGGUAUCAUUAAUGUGAGCAUAGUUGAAUAA